GUCAUAUAUGGGUUCCACGUCUCUGAAAGAUACAUUUGUUCAAUCCAAAAUCAAAAGAUACCAUGUGAUGUGCUUAGAGUGAAUGGGCGCGUUGCCAUGCUGGUUGCUAUGUUUGUUUUUUCCAUACUCGCCUUUGGCUUGCACGUGACUGAUUUACUCUUUACCAUAGUGAUGCUGAGAGCCGACGAGACCCUUUUACCCGUGCUUGAAGAAAAAAGUAAAAAGAAGAUUGUUCAUGAAAGACCACCGGCUCCAGUAGAAGAUGCCAUCAUGUGCGAGAACUAUACAAAUUUGGAAAAGAAGCUCAACGAUAAGAAACAGGCAUUGAUUGUUUUAAGAGGUCCCACUGGCUCUGGAAAAACACAACUAGCCCUCCUCUACGCCAAGAAGUUUACAAACAAAAACAGUGACAGCACGUGCUUCUGUUUCAACUCAUCAACCCCAGAGGACAUCCUAGUUGAUGGUAAGAAGUUAAUCGAUCAAUGUAAACUGAACAUUCAAAUUUUUGACAGUGGUAGAGAUGGAGAAGACAGCGCUAAUAUGACGAACAAAGCAUGGAGGUUGCUAAUCCGUAUUCGUGAUAAAUCUCUUGAGGACAAUAAAAAAUCGUUGUUUAUUUUUGAUCGUGCAAUGUUUGAUACAUCUUCUAUUGUCAAAGAGGUUUUCCUUAACCAUAGUUCUUUUACUGUUAUAAUUACCUCAAGCGAUGAUAAUGAUGCAUUUGUAAAAGGGUUUGAGAAUUUGACACUCGAAGUUAAAGGUUAUUCCAAGGCAGAUGUUGACGCCCUCACUAUUUGCCAAUACAACCAAUUCAAAGGCAAAGAUAUGCAAAAUUUGGCAAAGAAGCUUGACUAUUUGCCACUGGGAAUACAUGCAGCGUGUCAAUACAUUAUCGAAUCUAAAGGAACCAUACCCAAGCUUCUUGACCAACUGAAGGGUGGUAAAGAGGACGCAUUAGAUAGCUUGUUUCAAAUGUCACACAAAAAGGCAUGCAAGGAAUGUGAACAAGAUGAAAAGGCUAAACUACUACUCAAUGUUGUUGCUGCACUAAGCCCUGAUCCGAUACCAUUUGAUGUUCUCGACUGGACGAUAGGUAGCGGCAAUGAAGACCCGUUUCAAAGGAAAGCUGAUCGUUCUAUUGAAUUGGAUAAAAUGGCAAAAAGGAGAAACAAGAUAAUCGAUGUGAUAACGAGAUUCCAUCUAGGGACAGUGGAAAUAAAGGGAUCUGAUAACAAGAUGCUACGUAUGCAUAAUAUUCCAAUAAGAGCAAUUCAAAAAAGCUGGGAUGAAAACGAAAGGAUCACAUAUUCUAUAGAAAUGCUAUUAAUCCUUGACGACCUUGUUGAUAAAGACAUACGUCGUGCUAAGGAUUUCAAUUUCUUUCUCAAGCUGAUUCCUCAUGUAAAACUUGCACUGAGAACUGACUUGAAAGGAGCAAAAGAGCAGGCUGUUGGUAUCAACAUUGUACAAAUAAGUCUCCAAGAUAAGCUACAUUAUAUGUACUCACAAACGGGGCUGAUAAGGUACUUUAAUGUGAGCGAUUCGAAAGCUAAACAGCUGUGCUAUUCCAAAAUCAUAAAAAAGGAUGAAUCUUGCCUGGAUGAAGAAGCAAAAAAGAAUUUGCCUGUUAAAGAAAUUUAUUGUAUCACCGAUACUAAAUUUAUAAAAGAGAAAGCCAAAUUGAUUAACGACAGACUGAAAGAAAUACCCAUCCCUGUAAAGCCAAAAGACUUUCUUAAAGCGUUAGUAUGUACAAGGCGUCUCAAUAGCGAGAUUGUUGAACUCCUAAAGAAAAAAAAGAAAACUAGUCCGAAGAAACUUUCGAAAAAACAGAAAACAGAAAAGAAGUCUGAUGGAGCUGAACUUCCGGGAAAAUAUUUGAAAGACACCGGGAGUAAAUCUGAUGAUGAUCGCAUAACAAGCAAAUACAAAAAGUGGGUGAAUCACGGCGCCGCAAUAAGUUUAAAAGAAAUGAAGAAUUUAUACCUUAUUGAAUUUAUGGCGAAUAUUCUCUACACGCAUGGUCGUAUGUAUUUUUACAAAAGCAAAAACGAACAGGAAGCAAAGGUUUAUGAACAUGACUUGCGCCUCGCUUAUGAGCUAUCUGUCAUAAUUAAAGAGGAGAGCGGCAAACAGAUAGCCACGCUGCUUUUAGCUGAACGCAACGGCUUUCUAUACACAGAUGUUGAUAGUAAAAAUCAGAAGAGAAUUGAUACUGCAAUAGAACGUUACAAGAAAUUGUAUAAUGCAGACGGUGACUACUAUGAGAAAGGUUUGCUGAAAAUAAUACCACGCGAGGACAAAUAUCAUCAUACAAUAUGCCAAAAGCAAUUGCUAAAUUGUUAUAUUGCCACAGUUAAGGUCGAAGAAAACAGCACGAAAAAGCAAAACAAAUAUAAAGAAGGAUGUAAGGAAGCCAAAAACCUUCUUGACGGCAUAAAAGAUGAGAACUAUCAGAGCAAGGCAGAAAUCUACAUAAAAUUUGGUGACCUCGAAAUGGCAAUGAACGAACCAACUAUCAAGAACAAAAAGUAUUUGAAUAACGCCAUUGAAAAGUACGAAAAAGUCCUAAAAUUGGAAGAUAAAGUACCUAGUGUUAAUCAAAGGGCUGACCGAAAGAUUGAAGCACUGCAGAAGAUUGCAGAAUGCCUGUAUGGACGUCAUAAGAAGGAUUGGAAAAAGGCGAAAAACUAUGCAACAAGAGCAAUUGACAUGUGUACGAAGGAAAAAAUAAAGAAAGAUACCAUCACGAAACUUCAGCACUUACUAGAUGCAAUGAACGAUCCGUAA